AGCCCAGGGACGCGACGGCCAAGAUCCCCGGGGUGUGGUCCUGGGUCUUCGGCGACGCCUUCCCGAGGGCGGCCCCUUCCCCAACCCGGAAAAGGCGACCCCGCACGGUGGCUGCGAGCCGGGCAUGCUCACUAGCGCAGGCCGGGCCCGUAGCCCGAGCAGGAAACGCCCGCGCUAGGCGGCCCCUGCUCAGUCAGCUGGAGCCGGGCGGAGCCCGCGCCCGGGUGCUGGGUGGCUCUGCCGGUCCCCGCGCGCCUGGGCGGCCGCACACGUGUCCAGGCGUCACGUCCGCGCGCGCCCCCGGGGCUUGCGUCAGCUGCUGCUCCCGAAGCCGGUGGGUCGGGGCUCUGCGCACCGCUCGGGUUCGGGGCCGGGACGCCGCCGAGAGGAGGGCACGGCGCGCGGUCCCACGCAGAGGCGAGUUCGGAACGCCGGGGACUGCGGAGAGCGUCAGCGGGCCCAGCCCCCUGUCUGCCCGGUGCCGAUCGUCUCCGCCGCCCGGCUCCGGGCUGGGCGCCGUGGCGUUGCCCCGGAGCCCGCUGCCCGCGGGGCGCGCACCGCCUUGACCCGGGCGGCCCCGGGGCAGGCAGGCGCCCGCAGUUCCAUGGUUGGUUCGGAGCGCGAUGAGCCGCCCGUCCUCCACCGGCCCCAGCGCUAACAAACCCUGCAGCAAGCAGCCGCCGCCGCAGCCCCAGCACGCUCCGUCCCCGGCUGCGCCCCCGGCCGCCGCCACCAUCUCGGCUGCGGGCCCCGGCUCGUCCGCGGUGCCCGCCGCGGCGGCGGUGAUCUCGGGCCCUGGCGGCGGUGGCGGGGCCGGCCCGGUGUCCCCGCAGCACCACGAGCUGACCUCGCUCUUCGAGUGCCCGGUCUGCUUUGACUAUGUCCUGCCUCCCAUCCUGCAGUGCCAGGCGGGGCACCUGGUAUGUAACCAAUGCCGCCAGAAGUUGAGCUGCUGCCCGACGUGCAGGGGCGCCCUGACGCCCAGCAUCAGGAACCUGGCUAUGGAGAAGGUGGCCUCGGCCGUCCUGUUUCCCUGCAAGUAUGCCACGACGGGCUGUUCCCUGACCCUGCACCAUACGGAGAAGCCAGAACAUGAAGACAUCUGUGAAUACCGUCCCUACUCCUGCCCUUGUCCUGGUGCUUCCUGCAAGUGGCAGGGGUCCCUGGAAGCCGUGAUGUCCCAUCUCAUGCAUGCCCACAAGAGCAUUACCACCCUUCAGGGAGAAGACAUCGUCUUUCUAGCUACAGACAUUAACCUGCCGGGGGCCGUCGACUGGGUGAUGAUGCAGUCAUGUUUCGGCCAUCACUUCAUGCUGGUGCUGGAGAAACAAGAGAAGUACGAAGGCCACCAGCAGUUUUUCGCCAUCGUCCUGCUCAUCGGCACCCGCAAGCAAGCCGAGAACUUUGCCUACAGACUGGAAUUGAAUGGGAACCGGCGGAGACUGACCUGGGAGGCCACGCCCCGGUCCAUUCACGAUGGUGUGGCCGCAGCCAUCAUGAACAGUGACUGCCUUGUUUUUGACACAGCCAUAGCACAUCUUUUUGCAGAUAAUGGGAACCUUGGAAUCAAUGUGACGAUUUCUACAUGUUGUCCGUGAUGCACCGUGUGGCUUUCAUAAACCAUCAAAAUUAUUUGGGCAUAGUGCUCUAUGUUUAAUAAAGAUUUUUAUAGAUGUUUUAGUCCAUAUGUCUUCACAAGGGACCCUUCACAAGGGACCCACGAUUCCCCGUGUUUCAUUUGAACAGCAGCUUCCCAUCUGGCAUCGGCCCAACAAAGUUCAUUAACCUGGGAUGAAUGGGGUUGGCCCAUCGAUGAUCCAGAGGCUGUUCUGUUAUCUAAAAUCAACUCUAUCAUUAAAUCUUUCUUACUUCCUGAAACAACACUUGACAGGUUGCUCAGGGCUGCUGCAGAUGAGCAUGUUAGAAAUUGGAGGCUCCUUCCUGUCCGCCUCCCUCCAUCAGCCACUCGACAUUGACAAAAGCACAGUGACAGCCAGCAGACCCCUUUACUUGUGUUUUUUAGCGGGUAGGAAUUGUUUUGGUGCAUUUUAAAUAGUGUCUCUCAGAUGGGAUGGCUGGCCAAUAUGCCUAGAAUCACCUGGAGUGCUCAUCUUAAAAUUGCAGACGUAGGGAGCCUGUGACUUUAACAAUCUCAUCAGGUGAUUCUUUUCAACAGGAAAGUUUGCGAAUUACUGGGUUAAAUUGUGGGAAAGAGUCCAGAUUUUAAAGGUGCUUUAAGAUUGCCCUCAGCUGAUACUGUUUGUCUUUCUAUUUCAUCCCCUAACAUCCCCCCCACCCUCAAAUUAAAACUAGAACUGUAGAUCCUCGUGAACACACUGAAGAGGUUUGGUCACUCUUGUGUUUUGGGUGGACGGCCCAGGAAAGCAAGUCACAUGGCCAUUGACAAUGCUCACGUCAUUAGUUUCCGCUCACCACUGGUACAGAUGACCUGUUUACACUUGGCUUCCCUGAGAAGCCCUGCCUGACUGUAGCUGGUGUGAAAGACUAGAUCGGUAGGAUUGGGAAAGCUUUAUAUAACCAGUGUGUCCUAUGCUUGCUAUUUAAAGGUACGUGUUGGUUUUGUUUUUGUUUUCUGCCACAUUCACUUUAGUUUUUUAAUAAAUAUUUUCCAAAAAUGAAUA